GUCUCGAUCUGUGCCGUCCAGCACAGCUAGUGUGGCUGUGGUGGCUGACGGUGUGACAGCACAGGUAUAGAACAUUUCUGACAUCACCAAGUUGUGUUGGACACACAGGAACUCUAGCUAAUCCCAGUUGUCUCUCUGGGUGCUUCACAUAUUAGGGCCUCAUGGCCUCUUCCUGCAGCUCCUGCUGACCGGGAGAAUCACGAAACAUACACCCAAGGAUGUUUGAGAAGUGGAGAAGGGUUGGUCCAUUUUGGCCAGCUCCAAAAAGGCAGUUUGGUCUUUCUCUGUCCCCCUCUUUAGCCAUCUCUGGUCAUCCUGAGUGUUCUUUGAGAAUGAAUAGCAUCUGGAACUAAGAAGCAUGGCUUUAUUGAGGCACAGGACCUGUGACUCCCAGGAGAGAGCGUUGUACAGCCCAGAAAAUACAUCAGUCAGGAGACGGGACGCCAGACUGCUGUGUCCGCCCCAGCCAGCUCCGCGCCCUUCCUCAUGCCCCUCUGGUGUGGAUCCACGGGUCCCCUGCAUGCUGUGCAUGGAUACCACCAACGGGGCGGCACUAAGGCAUUUCUGAGACCUCAGCACAGGUCUUGGCUUCAUGGCUCAAAUGAAGCAGAAAUAGGCCCUCCUGUUGGAGCCUGGCCAGUGGCAGUCAUCCCCUUUUUUUCUGGGAGUUUCUGGUCUCGACUUGCCUACAGUGUUCGUUUUGGAAUUGAAUCACCUCUUUUUUGGAUGUUGUUUUUUCAGUCUCCACCUCAUGCCUUGGGGAGGAGAGUGGAGAUGACUAAGUCUUGGUUGAAGAAUAGAAAUUCUCUCCCAUCAGCUCACUGCCCCAGAAAUCUUUUCUUCUGGAAGCUGCCUGGAUGGAAAAACACCACCUAGAGUGUCGUGGUCCGCAGAAAAGGGGACAUCACGUACCAUCUGUAGCCUAAGGCUUAUGGUGGUCAAAAGAGGACCCUCUAAAGCCUUAUUUCUAGUAGCUUAAGGAUAGGCAGACAUGCUUUUUAGCUGUCGCUAUUGAUACCACCUGACUGUAUCCCCAUCUGUAUACCCGGACCAUCCAGGUAUAUCUACCCAUUCAGGAAGAGGGCCCUGGCCAAAAGCUGCUGUGAAUUUCCUCAGGAUAUGGAUGGGUCCUCCUCACCUUUGGUUCCAGGGCCUAGUGCAGGUUUGGUUCACAGCAGACGUCUGUGUUUGGAGAAUAAAUGAGGGAGGCCACAAGAGAUUAGAAACACCUUUGAGUCCAGAUAAAACUGAACCGGAGAUUUCCAUGUUCCUGCUUAAGAAACAUGAGGAAGGUGGGACUUGGAAGGCAGAUGGUUUUAGGACUUCUUUCUACCUGGAGGAGCGGAGGCCCCGAGGCAGAACUUACUGGCUUCCAUUCCCUGGGCUUGCUGCAUCAGCAUUGUCUAGAAGGCUUGUUGGAAAUAUGAACACUUGGGUUCGACUCACACCCACUAAAUCAAAUCAUCUAGGGGGUGAGACUCAGGUAUCUAUUUUCCAUGAGCAGCUCAAUAAUAACCAGAGGCUGGGUUUGGGAGCCAGAGUACCAGUUCCUCAUCCUCUUGGAGAGGGACUGAAGUGCCUCCUGCCUGAGGGAAUUGGGCCCCAGCCACUUCCUGGAGCAUAUCAAACUCCACCUCCAGCCCCAGCAGGCCACCCAACUCUGAGUCCUCAAGUCCUCCUGUGAGCUGCCAGCUCCACCCUCCCCACCUUGGUGUUACCGUCAGACCUGAGCUAGCAGUAAGUGGAGCCAGAGGAGAACAGAGUGGCUCUGGAAAGCAGGCAGGGCUUCCUGCUGAGAACUGGGCUGGCUGGCCAUGCUCCGGGCGCUCUGGCCAAGGUGGCUGGCAGGCAAGGGGCUGCCCCUCCUAGGAGCAGUGCUGCUGCGGAAGAGAGACAAGAGGGGACCUCAGUGGAGGCAAUGGAGGCGGGAAACCCACCCCUACUAUGACCUCCAGGUGAAGGUGCUGAGGGCCAGAAAUAUCCAGGGCACAGAUCUCUUGUCCAAAGCUGACUGCUACGUGGAACUGCGCCUGCCCACUGCGUCCCCUAGCCCUGCCCAGACAAGGAUGGUGGCUAACUGCAGUGACCCUGAGUGGAACGAGACCUUCCACUACCAGAUCCAUGGUGCUGUGAAGAAUGUCCUGGAGCUCACCCUCUGUGAUAAGGACAUCCUGGGCAGUGACCAGCUCUCCCUGCUACUCUUUGACCUGAGGAGCCUCAAGCCUGGCCAACCCUACAGACACAUCUUCCCACUCAACCACCAGGAUUCACAGGAGCUGCAGGUGGAAUUUGUUCUGGAGAACAGCCAGGUGCCUGCGUCUGAAGUCAUCACCAAUGGAGUCCUGGUGGCUCAGCCCUGUCUGACAAUCCAGGGGACCCUCAGGGAAGACGGGACAGCCCCACAUCGAGAGUAUGGCUCUAGGCAGAUUCAGCUGACAGUGCCCGGGGCCUACGAGAAGCCACAGUUCUUGCCCCUGCAACCUCCCAUGGAGGGAGGCCUCCCAGCUACCUUCACCUUUCACGUGAACCCAGUGAUCAGCUCCAGGCUGGAUGUGGAGCUGGGGGAGAGGCUCACAGUCCUGCAAAGUGGUCCAAGUGCUGAGCUGGAGGCCCACACCAACAAGCUGGGUGAGGGGGGUAUCCUGCUCUCUUCUCUGGCCCUAGGCCAAGAGGAACAGCGCUUUGUGGCCCUAGGGGAGGGCCAGGAGGUGGUUCUGAGUAUGAAGGCAGAAAUGAGCUCUGGAGACCUUGACCUGCGUCUUGGUUUUGGCCUGUGUGAUGGGGAACGGGAGUUUCUGGACAAGAGGAAGCAGAUCGUGUCCAAGGCCCUGCAGCAGGUUCUGGGUUUGAGCCAGGCGCCUGACAGUGGCCAGGUGCCUGUGGUGGCUGUGCUAGGUUCGGGAGGUGGAACCCGAGCCAUGUCUUCCCUGUAUGGAAGCCUGGCAGGGCUGCAGGAACUUGGCCUCCUGGACACUGUGACCUACCUGAGUGGGGUCUCUGGGUCUACCUGGUGCAUCUCCACACUCUACAAGGACCCAGCCUGGUCCCAGGUGGCCUUGCAGGGCCCCAUUGAGCGUGCCCAGGCUCGGGUCUGCAGCAGUAAGAUGGGGGCGAUGUCCACGGAGCGCCUACAAUACUAUGCCCAGGAACUGGGGAGCCUGGAAAGCACUGGCCACAGAGUUUCCCUCAUCGACAUCUGGGGUCUCCUCAUUGAAUAUUUCCUCUACCAGGAGAAAAACCCUGCCAAGCUGUCUGACCAGCAGGAGGCCGUCAACCAGGGCCAGAACCCUUAUCCUAUCUACGCCAGCAUCAAUGUCCACACCAACAUCAGUGGGGAAGACUUCGCAGAAUGGUGCGAGUUCACACCCUAUGAGGUCGGCUUCCCCAAGUACGGGGCUUAUGUUCCCACUGAGCUCUUUGGCUCUGAGUUCUUCAUGGGGCAUCUGCUGCAGCCCCAGCCCGAGCCCCGGAUCUGCUACCUGCAGGGUGUGUGGGGCAGCGCCUUUGCAGCCAGCCUGGAUGAGAUCUUCCUGAAGACUGCCGGCUCGGGCCUCAGCUUCCUAGACUGCCACAGAGGGAGUGUAAACAUCACAGAUGACUGUCAGAAGCUCCAGCUGCACGAUCCCACACGUCUGAGGACCAGGCUCUUCACCCGCCAGGGGCCCUUCUCCCAGGCCGUGCUGGACAUCUUCACCUCCCGCUUUACCUUCGCGGAGAACUGUAAUUUCACCAGGGGCCUCUGCCUGCACAAAGACUAUGUGGCUGGCCGGGAGUUCAUGGCCUGGAAAGAUACGCACCCUGAUGCUUUCCCCAACCAGCUCACUCCCAUGCGGGACUGCCUGUGCCUGGUGGAUGGGGGCUUUGCCAUCAACUCUCCGUUCCCACUCAGCCUGCUGCCCCAGAGAGCGGUGGACCUCAUUCUGUCCUUUGACUACUCCCUGGAGGCCCCUUUCGAGGUCUUACAGAUGACAGAGAAGUACUGCCUGGACCGAGGCAUCCCCUUCCCAAGUAUCGAGGUGCUCCCCGAGGACUUGGAGGAACCCCGUGAGUGCUACCUGUUCGCCAAGGCCAAGGACCCCCGCUCUCCCAUCGUGCUGCACUUUCCCCUCGUCAACCGUACCUUCUGCACACACCUGGCCCCAGGUGUGGAGCGACAAACAGCCGAGGAGAAGGCCUACGGGGACUUUGUGGUCAAUGGGGCAGACACUCCAUAUGGCAUGAUGAACUUCACCUAUGAGCCUGAGGAGUUUGAGCGGCUGGUGGCUCUGAGUCGAUACAAUGUUCUGAACAAUGUGGAGACCUUGCGGCAUGCGCUCCAGCUGGCUCUGGAGCGAAGGCAGGCUGGGGGCAGGGCCGGAGGCUGAGUCAGGCUGGAGUCAGAGGGCUGUGAGAGGGGAGCAACUGUGGGCCCCAGACCAGGGCUUGGUAUGGGGAGGAGUGGUAGACUCUGUGGGGUUUCUUCAUACCAGGUUACGGGGACUGGCUCUAGGUCCUUCAGGCCUCAGAAAGCUCCUGAGGAACGGCAGCUUGGCUUUGGGGCUGCACCCUUCUCAUAUGUGUUUCUGGGAGACGAAGCGGGGGGAUGUCUCCCCCAGGGGCUUUGGGGAGGAGGAGGGCACGAGUGAGCAGUGCUAAUUUUACACUGGAGUAUAGAGGGAUGAGGCCACAAUCUAGCCCCAGGGCAUGGUCCAAACCCAGAAGGACCUUAGGGGGCCCAGGUCUUCAGACCCUCACGAAGACUGGAAGCUGUGAAAGCAGGUUAAGCUGAGACCAAAAGCAGAGACUCCUCCGUCUAAUCCACACUUCCUGCAAAUGGCCGGGCUCCUGGAUGCAGCGCUCAGUGCUAUCAAGAAUAAAGGGAGACCUCAUGGA